GAGGGUUCAAUAUCACCAAAAUGGGCAAGCAAUUCAAUAAAAAGUAAUAUUAAUAAUCGGCCAGAUUCAAGCCUAGAAAUUUUCCCUGAUCAGCAACAUAGUUCUAGUUCAGAUGACGAAGGCCACUGUGAGGACACUCCAAGUAAUACAUCCAAAUCCGCUGCAACCAAACCAGCUUACUCCUACAUUGCUUUAAUUGCAAUGGCUAUUUUGAACAGUCCUGAUAAAAAGUUAACUUUAUCUCAAAUAUGCGAUUUUAUCAUCAACCGAUUUCAGUACUAUCGAGAAAAAUUCCCGGCAUGGCAAAAUUCCAUCAGGCAUAAUUUAAGUUUGAAUGAUUGUUUUGUAAAAAUUCCCAGAGAACCAGGAAAUCCUGGAAAAGGAAACUAUUGGGCGCUAGAUCCAAAAGCUGAGGAUAUGUUUGAUAAUGGCUCGUUCUUGAGGCGUCGUAAAAGAUUCAAACGUCAACAACCGGAAACGGAUUUUCGAUCAGUUACUUAUCCUUCAGCAGCAUUUCUUCCUCCGGGAGCUCCCUUCAUCACCUCUCCUUUCUUGGCAACUCCUGGAGUUUCACCACUCCCUCGAUUACCUCCUAUUCGAACUGCUUCUCCAUUGCCAUUAGCUCCUCUUACACCUUCACGUCUACCUGAACCUUUUCCUGGUCAGAUUCAAAUUACCGAUUCCAGAUCACUGAUUGGAGCACCUGGCGUACGUGUUCCGCAGUCAACUUUUCCAUGCAUUACCACCACGGGUUUACCACCAAGCGUUGAUCAUCAAAAAUUGCUUGCAGCAAUCGCUGCAAAAGUGAUUGCAUCAUCGCAGGCUAAUGCUACUAUUACAACUAGUAGCGGCUAA